AUGGCUAUCGACACGGAUGCCGCAUUUGGUAAAAGCGCCCUGGGGGAGAGGGAAGUCUCACAUCCCACCGACUUCCAAGACACAGAGAAACUCCUGAGCACUGUGACCACCGAACCCACCGGGGAAAGCAGCCUCAAACCAUCCGACAUCCAUUCCCUGAAUGCCGAGCAGAACGGACACCAAUCGCCAUUAAGGUCAGGCUCUGCGCCAGUGUCCCAAUCCCAGCUGAGCUUCGGACCCCCCCUCCUCCUCCUCCGCUCCCCGGUGCCACCCGGUUCAGAGCCACCGAGCUACCUGUGGCUUGCGGUGUUGUCGUGCUUUUGUCUUGCUGUGCCGGUGAACAUGUUUGCGCUGUGGUAUGCUCACAUGUCGCAGUCUGUUCUCCAGACCGGGGAUGUAGACGGAGCUAAGAGGCUGGGUCGUCUCUCUCUGCUGCUCAGCUGUAUCUCCAUGUUCCUGGGUGUGGCCGUCAUCAUCUUCAUAGUGGUCACGGGUAGGUUACACACACACACACGCAGCUCCCGCAGCGCCGACACCGGCCUCGGGGACAACCCGGGGGCAAGGCGCAGGGCGAUCCGGAUGGAGGCGAUGGAACUCCCUUAG